UGCGCUUUCGUCAUAGUUAACGGAAGUGGCUCGCCUCUCGUACAGCCAGGCUAUCUGACUGACACUGAAUGAAAAACGCACUGAUUUCGUCUCCAGAAUGAUGACAUUUUUACCCAAACUGCUGCUGCUGGCGCUGAUAGCGUUCCCAGCGACACUCCUCAUCAAAGGGCCGAUGGUGAGUGCCCAGGAUCUGACGGAGGACGAGGAGGCGGAGGCUGAAGCUGAGACUGAAACUGUGGACGUGGAUGAAGACGUUGUGGACGAUGCAACGGAUGAAGACGACGAGGCGGAAGUGGAAGACGAUGAAAACGUGGAACUAACGGAAGAAAAAGAAGAUGAAGAGGAGGAGGCGUUGGUUGGAGAGGUGAAAGCUUCUCCUAACGCCGACACCACCAUCUUGUUCGUCAAAGGAGACGAUUUCCCUGCCAACGACAUCGUAAAGUUCCUGCUCGGCUUCAGCAACAAGGGAUCAGAAAACUUCAUCGUGGAGUCUCUGGAUGCCUCCUUCAGAUACCCUCAGGAUUACCAGUUCUACAUCCAGAACUUCACAGCGCUGCAGCUCGGCAUUGAAGUCCCCGGGGGUCGGCAGGCCACCUUCGAGUACUCCUUCAUCCCCGCAGAGCCCAUGGGGGGGCGGCCGUUUGGACUCGUCAUCAACCUCAACUACAAGGACGGCAACGGAAACAUUUUCCAGGACGCAGUGUUCAACCAGACCGUGACCAUCACAGAGAGAGAGGACGGAAUAGACGGAGAGACGAUCUUCUUGUACGUCUUCCUGUCCGGCCUCGGGCUGCUGGUCGUUGUCGGCCUUCACCAGCUGAUGGAGUCCAGGAAGAGGCGGCGUCCGGCUGCAAAGGUGGAGAUGGGAACAUCCAGCCACAACGACGUGGACCUGAGCUGGAUCCCUCAGGAAACACUCAACCAGAUCAUGCAGAGUCGCAGAGACAAAGCGUCUCCAAAAAGAUCUCCUCGCAAAAGAAAUCAGAAACGCUCAGCCGGCUCCGACGAGUGACGGCGCCCGACACCGCGGGACUAACCUUCAUCAUCCCGCCUUAGAAGAGCAGCAGCAGCAGCAGCAGGAGGAGGAAGAGGAGGAGGAGGAAGAAGAGGAGGGAUGAGAGCGCACUCUGCCCUCUCUACUGAGGAACUUUGACCAGUGCCAAGCACAGCGAUGACUGGCUCUUUACUUAGCUUAAGAACUGUACAACACACACACACACACACACACACACACACACACACACACUCUCUCUCUUUCAUGAGGCUGUCAGAGGGAGUGCAGAGGAUCCUGAACCAGGUGUGUUGGGUUUUAAGGGGAAGACAUUUCUCUUACGGUUGUUGGUUUUUCUUUAAGAUUAUAUUUGUUGUUAAAGCCUCAGUAUGACUGCUGAUGUCAUCAUUGUGAGACCGUUUGAUUGUUUUUUUCCUCCUUUUCUGAUAUCAGGCUGGAUCUUUGAUUCAAUGAAGCAAUUAACCAACUGAGAUAAUGAAGUCAUAAGUUGAUUCACCUUAAAGAGAAAAGCCUGAAUAUCUUCUAGUCUCUGAACUGUCACCCUUUUCCUUGUUUAUUUCUCUUUCUGUCGGUAAACUGAGUAUCUUUGGCUUCAGGACUGUCGUUCAGGCAAAAUAUGUUAUCAAGUCUUCUUGUGACAGACAUCAGUAACUAUUUGAGAGAACAUGAUUAAGUAUUUUGCGUAUGAAUUUAGAAAUGGCACCAGGAUCACGGUAACACAUGCCGUUUUUGUUUUUGGAUUGAUUUGUUCUGUUGUUUGAGUUGAUUUGUUGUUUCACUGCACAGAUUCUGGUGUUGGCGGUCACACAUUCGCAUAACAACGAUGUUUUUUUUUCUUUCAAAAUGUCAGAAGGACUGAGUCACUAUUUUUGCAAGUACAACAUCUCAUAGAGUUCAUGUUAUACCCUGGGCGUGACAUGACGGCAAAACAAAAGUGAAAAAUACAAGAACAUCUGAAUGUGUGACAUUGUUGGUUUCUGCUGACAUGUUCUCAUUUUAAAACCUUUGAACAUCACAUCUAACAAAAUGGAAAGUACAGCUGAAAUAUUAAACAAUAACUUAAAACAUACAUUUUUAAUUAAUUUGUUUAUCGAUUAAGUAUUUCAGCCAACAACGUGAAGAAUACCCUGGUUCCCACUUCCUCAAUGUGAAUAAAUAACUUGAAGUGAGUGGAGCGAGGUGCCCUUUAACCCGACACACUGAGGUCUAUUCAUGUGAACACACACACACACACGCGCUUUGGGUUAUGAACAUCUUAAAGAGUUAGUCUAGCCCUGGACGUGUGCCCGUUUUCUACUCCUGUCUGUUAAUCAAUCAGAACAAUAACUUCCCACUUACUGAAUUGAAAUCUUUGUUUUUUGUGUUAUGUUUUCUUUUGAAUUGUAAAAUGUCUCCCUGGCUGAAGCACUGGUGUAAAUACUGGCUGAUGAUGAGCAGAAAUUACUGAGCUAAUUUAUUAGAGUGACAGAUUGGGUUUGUGCACUGUUUUUUUUAUUUUGUUUUACCACUAGCGGGCAACACAGACUUUGGUUUACACUUCCUGUUGUGCAGAGUUUGGAUAUAAAUGAUCGCACACACACACACCGCAGGAAGUCUGGUCCAGUCUGAGCGGAUGUAGGGGUUAUUUUGUUCUUUUUCUAAAAUAACGGGGCUGUCAUUCAUAGAUGCAAGCGUCUUUUAUUUGCUUUUAAAUGUGCAGGAAAUAAACUUGAUGAUUUGCAUUAUU